AUGGCUCAAAUAUUUAAACUUGAAAAAAAAGCGAGUCAAAAAUUCAUUCCUCCUCCCAUCAAAAGAAUACUAGAAACGACUCGAAUAAAUCCCAGUACAUAUGCAGAUCCUUCAGAGUCGUCUACUAACGAAAAAAUAGACGAAAAACCAGAAUUUAAGCCAACAAAAAUUAAGGCACAUUUCUUGGAACAAUUCACAAGUGACUGGUCAAGCCGAUGGUCACCCAGUAGUGCAACAAAAGAAACCAAAGAAGGAGGUGAAGUCUUUAGUUACGUUGGAAAAUGGGAAGUUGAAGAACCUCGCGUCUUUGCUGGUAUAAAGAAUGAUCACGGUCUAGUCAUGAAAAAUGGACUCGAAUGUGGUGGUGCUUACUUAAAACUUUUGACCGAAUCUGAAAAAGGAAUUCAAGCAGUAGAAUUCUCAGAUAAAACACCUUAUACGAUUAUGUUUGGACCUGAUAAAUGCGGUAGCACGAAUAAAGUUCACUUUAUCUUUCGGCACAAAAAUCCUAAAACUGGUGUAUAUGAAGAAAAACAUCUGAAGAGUGCUCCAUCAGCAACAAUUAGCAAGCUCAGUACUUUAUAUGGUCUUGUCGUGAGACCUAAUAACACGUUCGAAAUUCGCGUUAAUAAUGAAUCAGUUAAGACUGGAGAUCUCUUGAAUGAUUUUACACCUGCUGUAAAUCCACCAAAAGAAAUUGAUGACCCUAAUG